AGUCUUAAUCAUCAAAUACUUCUGGAGAGACGACACUGAAUUCUUGCAAUAAUGUCUUGAAGAUCAAACAAAGCAAGGCUUAAAGGAGAACCAACACCAGGAAGGUUUGUGUUGCACAUAGCCAAGAAAUUGCCUUAUAAUGGGAACAAAAGUGAAGGGCCUUUUGAAAGGCUUCCGAUACAUCUCCCAGAUGUUUGAUGAAAAAGAACCAGAGAUGCAAAUUGGUCUUCCCACCGACGUAAAGCACGUAGCGCACAUUGGAUGGGAGGGACCAUCUGCAAAUACACCGAGCUGGAUGAAUGGGUUUAAAUCUGCGCCAGAGCUCUCCGCCUCUGAACCUCUGAGUUUGAUUGGAGAAGCUAAGAGCCCCUUCACAAAUAAACUAUCCCUCGAAGUGUUUGUUAAUGGUAUUGAAGUUAAUGAUGUUCAUCAGAUAGAACAGAAUGGAAAUAAGAAGCCAAAGCAUAGAUCAAGGCGAUCAACAAACACUACUGGUUCAGCUUUAAACUCCCCAACCCGACGAGGCUCUGAUGCACCAAAACCUUCCAGGCGUAAUCAUAACUCCAACUUUGGCUCUCCUUCUCAAGAUUCAUCAGGUAGUUCCAGAACCUCAAGACGGCAUCAGACUUCAAGUCUUGGCUUGGAAUCACCUUCUCAUGAACAACCCACCAUACCAAAACAAUCUCGUCAAAAGAAAUCCAAGGGGGGAUCAGGAGGGUCAUCAAGGUCGUCAAGAUUGAAGGGACAGAAUCCGAUUGAAACAUCGUCAGAUGCUGGAUCUGUGUCUGAAUCUAUGGAAGGAUUGAAAACCAACGAGGACCAACUAGGUUCAGUUUUGGAAACAUAG